AUGGCCGCACCUGCGGAAUCCCACGAGACAACCACAACCAAGAAGAAGCGAUCACGUCGCGAACGCAAAGGGAACACUCCGGGUCCUGUCACAAUGAAACCGAAAAAGACCUUGUUUGCGGAUGAGAUCGGAGAUUUCUUGGCUGAUCAGCUCUACGAGACACCCGAACGCAACGAUGAUCAUGAUAAUAUUGGUGACUCGUCGAUUUCCCUCAUGGAUCACUUGCGCAGCAACAUCGCAGCACCUUCCGCAGUCUCUUCCUAUUCCAGUUCUGCAAGCUUCCACACGAUAACCGAUUCCAGCCCGGCGACGAGUGUGAACAGUCAUGAACCCGCAAUCACUCGCUCACAACUAUCAACCAAGGUCGAUGUCCUGCACUCAACUACUGAUUCCUUUCACGCGAAAACAGAAGACCGAGACCAAGAUGCCGUAUUCGGGCUCGACGAUUUCGAAACCAUGACAGCCAUCCAACGGAUAGCUGCACUACAUGGCAGAGUGGCACACAUGGGAAUCCUCGAUCGCAGCUACCGAUUCUUCGUCAACAAAUCAAGAACAGCAGCAUUGUCAUUUAAGAUCCAGAACGGGGUGGCAGUCAUCGGCGGAGAUCCAUUAUGCAACAAAGACGAAGUCCCCGAGCUCCUUUCCGAAUUUGCAGCCUACCGACAGCGACAUCACUGGAGCAUAGCAUUUAUGGGCGCCAGCGAGACAUUCCUGACAGACCACGCCAAACCAAACGGCUGGACAACGAUCCGCUUCGCCACAGAGCGCGUACUCAACCCCCAGACAAACGAAGUGAUUCUCGAGACUAGCGGAAAACGCAUCUUGACCAAGAGCCGUCAGCUCACGAACAAGAGCAAAGGCGGCAUCACCAUGGGCGUGUACGCCCCUGCCGUUCACGGCAUAAACCAGGAACUACAAACCAAACUAAUUACCAUCUACGAUGCUUGGCGCGCCGAGCGCAACACCUCUACCAGCCCGCAAGCCUUCAUAACCGUCUACGACCCAUUUGCUGUCCCCUCCCUAAUGACAUUCAUCUACAUCCGCACCCCUGACGGAACAAUCAACGGGUUCGCCGCUCUUCGACGCCUCGGCUCCGGCGGCUACCAUGUCGACCCUUGCAUCGCAGCCCCAGGCAGCGUAAAUGGAAUCAGCGACCUUCUCCUCAUCAUGGCAAUGGCACUCCUCCGACGCGCCGGCGUCACAUACCUCGGGCUCGGCGUCGAACCACUCCAAUCACUCACCAGCGAAGAUGUCAGCGGCAUGCCGUGGCCCUGUAAGAAGUUUACACGCGGCUUGUACGGUCAUGCAUUCCACCGUCUGCCCAUCGGCGGCAAGAAGGCAUACCAUGACAAAUUCCGCCCGGAUCCCACUCAGGACGCGGAUAUUUAUCUUGUUUUCCCAUCUGGCAUGCCUAGACCCCGACAUGUGCUCGCUAUGACUCACAUGGCUAAUAUAAGUUUGCGGAAGAUAUUCCGGGCGGAUGUUGCCGCUUUUCCGUUGACUCGCAAGUUGAAGGCUGGUGGUGAGGUUGUGAUGUCGCUUGGUGGUAAAAAGGACGAUUCUGCCGAACAGCCCGAUAAGGGUAAGGAUUUUGAGGAGGAUGAGGUUCUUGUAUUCUAUUCGCCCUGUGUGCGUUAA